CUCACUUACCACAUUGUUGAGUGUCUUUGCAUAGUCCUACUCUCUGAUUUUGAGCUUCAUAUUGAAAUAUAUCUCAUGGAUUGGUGCUGGAACAACAGUGGGUCUGAUUCUUAUUCUUAUAGCAGAACUCACACCUGUCCUGAAUAUGGUGUGAACUCAAUUAAUUCCAUACUUUGUGUGCAUUGCUAUUUUAGAAUGCAUGUCUGCAAUGAUUGUCCACUUAGGAUCUAUUAUGCAGAAGUGGCUAGAAACAUUCAAAGUGUUUCUCCACAAAAAGCCUAAACAGAAACGAAUUCCCACACCAAUGCCCAAUUUGAAAUUAAUCCUUAUGAAUCUCCAUCCCAACUGUAUGCACUAAGUCAAGGACAUUCUAAUGAUGAGUUCAAAAGAGCAAUGCAAGGGGUGAACAAGCAAUUACAUAACCUUGCUGGUCAGACUGACAAUACUGUUUUUGCUUUCACUAAUUGGAAUAAAAAUCUGGUAAUAGAAUUAAAUCCUUGACAAGUGAGAUGGAGACCUUAGAGGGACAAAAUAGGAGCAUAGAAAAAGAAGUAACCAUGGAUGUUAUAUUGAGAAAACUUCAAGAACUGAACCAUAGGUUGGAUAGUUUGACAAAUGAGAAAGGCUCUUCAUUUCCUUUUUCCGCACUUACACCUAUUGCUUCUGCACAAGUUUCCACUGAUUUGUGUGAUAAUUCUAAUAUUGAUGUGCUGGUGGGAAAUAUUUCUUCUACUUCUGCAAAUAAUGAAGAUGCUACUAAUUUUAAUGAGCUUGAGAAAGGUUCUUGUAGAGUUUUGACAGAUUCUAGAGCUGUCAUGAAGAAUGGAACUAUGGUUAGCUCUACAAGGAAGAGUGAGGAACCUAAAGAAGAAAUUUCUAAGGAGCUUAAAGGGAUCAAGCUAUUUGGUUUCAAAACAAGGAGAAGAAGGCAUCGAUUAAAAAGGUUAAAGCAAAGGCCAUUACACAUCAUGCCAACAAUCCAAGAAAGUGAGGAGGAAGAGCAAACACUAUCAAUGGGGCCUGUUGUCAUGAUGGUCUUGGGAAAGGCUUGUUUGAUGAUUUUGCAAAACUAUAUGAGGAGAUUAACACCAGAAUGCAAGCUGGAAUUGAGAAAACUCGUGGAGGCAACAAGCUUAACCCUGAACACCAUGAAUUGGAGAGUGGAACAUGUGCAGCAAUGCUUAUGGCGUCUUCAAUUGUGCAAUAUGAGGAUUUCCAAGCUUUCUGCUCUAUCAAAGAAGAAAAGCCCAGAUCUGAAACUCAUGAACCUAAGGGCCAUUUUAUUGACUCUAUUAGCAUUAAUCCUUCUUUUACAUAUCAUGAUAGUAAUAAAUGUUUACAUGAAUAUGAUAUUUCAUUCAUUGAUGAGUUACCUACUGAAUCUGCACUCAGAAUUGAAAAUUCCUUGCAUAAAAAAGACAUUGAUAUGCUUUAGGCAUACUAGUGCUAGUCUUGAGUGUUUCACAUUCUUGCCACAUGAUAAUAACCAUGAUCAAGGAAACUUAAUGGCAUUGGAUUCCAAGGGAGCCAACAGCAACCAUAUAUCUUAG